GUUUUCAUAUAUUUCCCUUUCUUCGUUUCGUCGUCAUUUUAACUUCAAGUUGAAAAAACUAGUUUAAGGUCCAAGCCACCUGAUUAUUCUAUUUCAGUGUAGGGAAGAAUUUUCAACAAAAGGCUUAAAAACAUCACUGUUCUCACUUCUCACCAACUGAAAUUUAUUAUAUAAACAUGCCUAGAGGCGUCCAUGCAUUAUAACAGUUCUCACCACAUUCCAAAGUAACCAAACAAUAAAAGAAAAUAUAAUGUCUCCUACUCCAGAAUGGGUCAUGAUGGGAGGAGAAGAUGCUGAGAGUUACAAGAAGCAUUCCGCAUAUCAGAGAGCGUUGGUGGAAGCGGCAAAUGAAAAGAUAAACGAAGUGAUCUUAGCGAGCCUUAGUCUUGAUUUGAUUUCAAAUGGGUUUAGUGUAGCCGAUUUCGGCUGUGCGAGUGGACCUAACACUUUUGUGGCAGUCCAAACCAUAAUAGAUGCUGUGGAAAACAAAUACCGUAAGGAAACCGGACAAAACCCCGUGGAUAACAUCGAGUUCCAAGUCCUCUUCAACGACUUAAGCAAUAACGAUUUCAACUCUCUCUUCCGGACACUUCCCUCGGACAGGAGGUAUUAUAGCGCCGGCGUUCCUGGUUCUUUCUUCGACCGGGUUCUUCCUAAGCAGAGUCUCCACAUCGGAGUCAUGAAUUACGCUUUUCAAUUCAUCUCAAAAGUUCCAAAAGGGAUCUUGGACCGCGACUCUCCCAUGUGGAACAGAGACAUCCAUUGCACCGGCUUCAACAACAAGGUGAAGAAAGCGUAUCUUGAUCAGUACUUGGUCGACACCAAGAAAAUAUUGGAUGCUCGAGCUGAAGAGCUCGUGCCCGGGGGAUUGAUGUUGAUUUUAGGAUCAUGUCUUAAAGACGGUAUGAAGAUGUCGGAAACCUAUAGAGGAAUAGUCCUGGAUUUAAUUGGAGCUUCUUUAAAUGAUCUUGCUCAUCAUGGUAUCAUCGAGCAAGAGAAGGUGGACUCUUUCAACAUCAGACUCUACAUUGCAGAGGAAGGCGAGUUGAGGCAAAUCAUAGAAGAGAACGGGAAGUUCACAGUUGAGGCUUUCGAGGAUAUCAAUCAGCCCAUCGAGGAGUCAUCAGAUCCAAAGAUCUUUGUAGCCUCCUCUAAGGCUGCCUUAGGUGGUAUUCUAUCCGCACAUUUUGGAGCCGAAGCUAUGAGAAAAGCCUUUGAUCUCGUCGAGGUCAAGGCACACCAAAACUUUUCUCGCAUCGAGAAUGCCAAACCCGGAAUGCAAUACCUCAUUGUACUUCGCAAGAACUGACUAAUGAUCCAUAUUGUGAAUAUGUGUGUCCUCCAUGCAUGGUUGCAUUUCAUCUUUUUGUUGAUGUUAUCUUAGCGUCUUUGUGUUCUCCACAAUCCUACAAAUGAAUAAAUGUUUUGGUCAUUGUUUAUGAUUA